CAACUUCGCCCCGGUAGUCGCUGGACGGGAUUGCGCACAUGUGAUAGCCAGAAGCUUCUAAGAGCAGCUCCGACGGUCUUCAGAUCUGGGUUCAGUCUGUUAGAGUAUCUGGACGGUUCUGUCAGCUGUAAGGAAGCAUGUCGGUGAUCGGAGAGGAGCGCGUGCGGGGCGGCGUGUUUAGGGAGAUCAGCGCGGAGGAUGAGGAGACUCAGCCCACGGAGAUCCAGAGUCUGUGUAUGAACUGCUACGAGGACGGAAACACACGUCUGCUGUUAACCAAAAUCCCAUUCUUCAGAGAAAUAAUCAUCAGUUCCUUUACAUGUCCCCACUGCCACUGGACCAACACAGAAAUACAGUCUGCGGGUCGAAUUCAAGAGCAGGGCGUGUCGUAUAACCUCAAAAUAAAGUGCAAAGAGGACAUGAACCGUGAGGUUGUAAAGACAGACAGUGCCACUACCAGAAUUCCAGAAUUAGAUUUUGAAAUACCUGCAUUCACACAGAAGGGCUCACUAUCAACUAUUGAGGGGCUUCUCGACCGAGCAGUGGCAGGUCUAGAACAAGAGCAACCAAUCAGACGAGCAACUGACCCUGAAGUGGCCAACAAAAUAGACCAGUUUAUUCAGAGGCUCAAAAAGUUGAAAGACAUGGAGGAAGAAUUCACACUGAUCAUUGAUGAUCCCUCAGGGAACAGUUUUAUUGAGAAUCCCUGUGCACCCCAGAAGGACCAAGCACUCUCUGUUUCUUACUACAAACGAACACCGGAGCAGAAUGCUUCCCUUGGAAUCAAUGACGCUGAGCCAGAGCCAGAGGACAAGCCUGCCAAUGAUCUAGACACCAUGAGGAACGAAGUGCUUGUGUUCAACACCAACUGUCCUGAGUGCAAUGCUCCAGCCUCAACAAACAUGAAGCUUGUCCAAAUCCCACACUUCAAAGAGGUCAUCAUCAUGGCCACCAACUGUGACAGCUGUGGACAUCGAACUAACGAGGUAAAAUCAGGGGGAGCCACAGAGGAACUUGGAACCAAAAUCACUCUACACCUCACAGACUCCUCAGACAUGUCCAGAGACCUGCUUAAGUCAGAGACGUGUAGUGUGCUGAUCCCAGAGAUUGAGUUUGAGUUGGGAAUGGGAGCAUUAGGAGGGAAGUUCACCACUCUUGAAGGCCUUCUGAAGGACAUUAAAGAACUGGUUGUUAUGAAGAAUCCAUUCAUAUGUGGAGACAGUUCCACUACGGAAACAGCAGAGAAACUGGAGCAAUUCGGGAAGAAGAUUGACCAGAUCAUAGCUGGAGAAAUGGAUGUCCACAUUAUCCUGGAUGAUCCAGCAGGAAAUAGCUACCUGCAGAACGUUUAUGCACCAGAUCCUGACCCUGAGAUGAAAAUUGAGAAGUACACAAGAACGUUUGAGCAGAAUGAGGACUUGGGGCUGAACGACAUGAAAACAGAAGAUUAUGGAGAGGUCCAGAGUUAGAAGAAUGAAUGAGCUUUAAAGAAAGAUAACAGAUAAGACAACUUUUCUAAGAUACUGGCCUGUCUUUGUUCACUCUAAGCAGGUCUACCCACUAGCAUAUUUAAAAACAAAAAUACAUAUUUAUAUGUACGAAAUACGCCACCGCCACACAAUUAUGACAGCACUAUUCUUGGUUUAAGUGGUCCAGUUUAUCAUGAUUAUCAGAAAUUACAAGAGUUUUCUAUGGCGGUGAGGCUGAACAUAAAGUGCUGUAAGAUAAUAAAAUUCAAUAUAACAACAAAGUUGUUUUCAAUUUGCCAUGACUAUGAAAUAUAGGCAUGUUAUUUAAAAGAAGUUCUUAGUUUGUGAUGGGAUUCACUUAAUGUUUAUGGAUGCUACAUGCAUUGUUUUUGUUUAAAAGGAUUCUAUGAAUAAUUAAAGAAUGUAUGCAUUUCAUUUGUAUAAUAAAACACAACCUGACCUUAACCAUCA